GCUGCAGCAGCGCACAAUGAUUCAACGCGUCCGCUGUCGACUCCUUUUGGAAGCAUCACGGAUCAAACAGCUGAAGUCUGCAGUUCCUGAGUGAAGAGCCGAGGAGACGACUGGUUUGUUACCGCAGCAGGAGUUCUUCACCACUUCAGCUUCUGUCUGCUCUGGUUUGAGGGGUUUACCCCCCCUCCUCGGUGUUCAGCCAACAGCUCACCUGCAGACUCCUCAUAAUGCCGCGCCCCCGGUUGACUGGCCUCCUUUUUCUCCUUCUCCUUCCACCUGUUUUCUCCUCUUCCUCCUCCUCCUCUCGACCUCAGUGGGUUCUCCAGCGCGUCCCCGUGGUCAUCCCCCACCACACGGAGGAUCGACCGGCCCCUCACUUCCUGUCUCCGGCCCGCUUGGACGUCACCUCUCCCUGUGACCCAGAAUGCCACAAGACGGCCCCUCGUCCGAGCUACUGGGACCUGCGGCAUCUUCUGGCAUAUGAGACUCUACACUCGAAUGGUCAGCUCACUGAAACUGCCAUUGGGAUCUAUGGUUACAACCCCAACUCUAACACCAGUCCAGCCUACUCUUCUGGGUCUUCAGGCAAGGCUGAGAGGUCACGCAUCAGAAGGAAGCGCCAGAUCUUUGGCCAUGAUGGGCGUUUUAGCAUUGCUGGACAGGACUUCUUGCUUAAAUAUCCAUUCUCAGUGGUUGUCAAACUGUCCACUGGGUGUUCCGGUACACUGGUGGGAGACCGUCAUGUUCUCACAGCUGCUCAUUGUGUUCACGAUGGUAAAAACUACGUGAAAGGAGCCCAGAGGCUCCGGGUUGGCUUUUUAAAAACUAAGCAACGGGACACACAACAUUCUUCUUACCACCUUCCCUCCAACUUUACCAACCACGUUGAAGGAGCCCCGAGUCCGUACGCUCCACCUACCAAUGACAAAAUGAAAUUCCAGUGGAUCAGAGCCAAGCGCACCCAUGUCCCCAAAGGCUGGAUAAAAGGGAAUGCCAAUGACAUAGGGAUGGACUAUGAUUAUGCUUUGCUUGAACUCAAGAAACCCCACAAACGGCGCCACAUGAAGUUAGGGGUCAGCCCCCCAGCUCAGAGGCUGCCUGGUCGACGAGUCCACUUCUCAGGAUUUGAUAACGACCGGCCGGGACAGCUGGUGUAUCGGUUCUGUCGUGCCAGCGAGGAGACUUCAGACCUGCUGUACCAGCACUGCGAUGCUCAACCCGGGGCCAGCGGCUCGGGAGUUUACGCCCGGAUGUGGGAUGGGCGUCGCCGCCGCUGGGAGCGGAAGGUGAUAGGUGUGUUUUCUGGGCAUCAGUGGGUGGAGCGACAGGGGGCGUCUCAGGAAUUUAACGUAGCGGUGAGAAUCACGCCUCUGAAAUACGCUCAGAUCUGCUACUGGAUAAAAGGAAACUUCAUGGACUGCAGGGAGGGGUGAAGAAAAAAAGUGAGGACCACACAGGGGUGUAAAACCACAGGCGCGAAUCUUUGUGGGGUAAUGGAGCCACGCUUUUCACCCCACUGCCUGUAGCACUGAUAUGUUAAUAUAAAUAUGCCAAUAUCUACAUGCAGACUAGACUCAGAUCCAGUAAUGAUAUCAAAUUUAUCAAACAGGGCGCAUUAAUUUUGUCUUUGCUUAGUUUUUGAUCAUCACUCACAUUUUUAAGCUAUCAAAAAAUUUUUUUCCCCUCUUUUGGGACAUUUAUCUGGAUAACCAAGUUUUGUUUAAGCCCAUUUAAUCUGAAACAUGGACUGAUGGGGUAGGACCGGAGAAACUGUUUAUCUACACACUGCAGCAUUUUUACUGAGCUAAUACUAAAGAUUGCACUGUUGAAACUUUUUUUUUUCUACUGAAUAUUAUACUUGUGGAUGAAUGUACAAGUCAGCUACCAAAGUUUCCAUCUGUUUCCUUCCAAACUUUAAACCUCUCAGUGGAAACAGUAGUUAUCUACUUCAUUUACAACGGAGGGGAAAAGUUUUGGAAGCUUGUUACACAGAUUGAUGUUUAAGGACUUGGCAAGUCUGCAGAUUACUUGUUAAAUGAAGCAGUUUAUGGAGGGUUGUUCUUUAUUGCUUAGUGCCAUCUGCUGGCCACAUAAGAACACUGCAGGCUAUGUCAACCCAAGUUAGCUUAGGCCUACAUAAAGCACUUUUUACCUUUUUGUGAUGUUUCUGAAGCAGAAACCUGACAAAUUUAAUGAAAUAUAUGCUUUGAAAUAA